GAGCGACCCAUUCUUUCACAAAUGUUUGUAGAAGCAGUCUGCAUACCUAGGUGCUUGAUUUUAUACACCUGUGGCCAUAAGGAGGUGAUUGGAACACCUGAAUCCAAUGAUUUGGAGGGGUGUCCCUAUACGUUUGGUAAUAUAGUGUAUUAUUAAAUGGGCGGACUGACCAUUUGGAAACUCGGGCACUGCCCGAGGGCCCGGCGUCAGUAGGGGGCCCCAAUGAGAUGCCCCUGGUACCUUUUUCAUAGGCUUUUUUGAGUUUGGGCAAGGACACAGGGGCCCCAUGAUUCCCUAUUGCCCGGGGGCCCCAUGA